AUGCAUAUUAUGCAACAUCCUAAUCCUGCCGCGCAGGCGCAGGCGCAGGCUGGAACCGACGCCGCGCAAACACAAAGCGUCGCACCGAUGCAUAACGGCAUGCAGCAGCAGUACCAGCAGCACCAGGAGCAGCCUCGAAUACCCCACGGCGGCUAUGAGCCUGCUGCUGCUGCCGCCGCUCUGCAGCCGUCGCAUCAACCGACGCAGCAAACGCCGAUGCCGCAGCACCAACACCAACACCACCAACAACAGCACCGCCGUUAUGCGCCGGCCAGCUCGCCGACAUUCUCCUCGGUUUCGUCCUCGACCGUUAGUGGUGCCGGCGUCAGUGCCGGUGGCGCCACGAGCGCAGCCAGCCCCUCGGCCGCGCCCGUCGGCCGCCUUGGCCACGUCCUGCACACCAUGCAACAGACGGGCUUCCACGCCUGGGGCUUCGUCAUCUACCGGGGGUGCUCCUACGCCGACGACGCCGCCUGGCAACGCUUCAUCGCCUACAUGAAGCAAGAAGUCCACAACACGCUCCUCGCCACGCCGCGUCUACCCCCCUCCUCCUCCACCACCACCACCCCAACAGCCACAUCCACCUCCGCCACCUCCACCACCACUACCUCGCUAUUAGACACUUCGGGCCGGCAGCUCGCUCCCUAUCUCGAAUGGACCGUCAUCGAGGACCCGCGCCUCGAAAACGCCUCCAAGGACGCCGUCCGCGCCCACUUUGCCUCGUGGGCCGCCGCGCGCUCCCCGCGCCGCGACGGCCCCGGCGCCGACGGGCCCUUUAUCGAGUCGCACGUCCCGCGCUUCAUGUACUGCGUCUACGUCGACCAGCGCUGCCUGCGCACCCUCGCCGCCUUUGACGACUGGCUGCGCCUCGACCGCAACGGGCCCAUGCAGUACCUCGCCUGCGCCCUCGUCGACAAGAACUGUCCGCCCGGCGGCGAGGGCGCCGCCGGCAUGCCGCUGGUCGAUGGCUGCGACCGCUACUACACCGGCUGGAUGUACGCGCACGUCGGCUCGCUGCCGGAGCUGUACAACACGCUCGGCCAUCAGAGGCUCAUCUCGGGACCCAAUAAUUAUGCGCGGCCCCCGAGGAUAUACCCGGGUCAUCUGUACGGCGCUUCCGUGCCGCCGUGA